ACCGUGAUCUUAGGCGCAUGCGCUGCCCUCACUAACGGAAGUGACAUUCUCUAGAGGUCGGAGAAGGAAGGCGCCCGGCAAAAUGUGUCUGCCUUCCUCCUCAUUUUGAUAGCUUAAAGCAGUACAGGCUAAAUACGAAGUUUAUGGAAUUCAACGAAGAAGUCUCAAUGAUACAGUCAGUCUCUCCGAUUAUACCGCUGGAUUUAAAAAGCACACCAAGAUGUCGGGGGACACCAGUACUCAGGACGGAAAUGGGACUGCUGGCAGGGUCAUUCGGAUUGGAACCAGAAAGAGUCAGCUGGCUCGCAUCCAGACUGACAGCGUGGCUGAGAAGCUAAAGGAGCUCAAUCCCAAUGUCCACUUGGAAAUAGUUGGCAUGUCAACAAUAGGAGAUAAAAUCCUGGACACAGCUUUAUCGAAGAUUGGAGAAAAGAGCCUUUUCACUAAAGAGCUGGAGAAUGCGCUUGAGAGAAACGAGGUGGACUUGGUAGUGCACUCACUGAAGGACCUGCCCACCACACUGCCCCCAGGUUUCACUAUUGGAGCCGUGCUCAAGCGUGAAAAUCCACACGAUGCUGUGGUCCUGCAUCCAAAGCAUGCUGGGAAAACGCUGGAAACUCUGCCAGACAAGAGUGUGGUAGGCACCAGUUCUCUUCGGCGUGCAGCACAGCUGAAGAGGCGGUUCCCUCACCUGGAGUUUAAAGACAUUCGAGGAAACCUCAACACUCGACUGAAGAAGCUGGAUGAGAAGGACGACUACGCCGCCAUCAUACUCGCGACGGCGGGGCUGCGACGCAUGGGUUGGGAGAGCCGCGUGAGCCAGAUACUGGGCCCUGAAGACUGUAUGUAUGCUGUUGGGCAGGGGGCGCUGGCAGUUGAGGUGAGGGCGAGAGACCGGGACAUCCUGGAGAUGGUGUCCGUCAUGCACGACCACGACACUGUGCUGCGCUGCAUCGCCGAGAGGGCCUUCAUGCGACAGCUGGCAAGGGGCUGCAGUGUACCUGUCGCAGUGCACACAGAAAUCAAGGACUUGCAGCUGUACCUAACUGGCGCUGUGUACAGCCUCGACGGCUCAGACAGCCUGAAGGAGACCAUGCAGACCAGCAUUGAGCCGGGCAAUGAGGUGGAGGACGAGGAGGUGGACGCGAGCGUCCAGCGGGUGGGGGUCACCGCCAGCAACGUGUCGAGGGCGGCCCAGGACGCGGCCGAGAAGCUGGGGGUGGAGCUGGCCAAGCUGCUGCUCAGCAAAGGGGCCAGGGACAUCCUGACCGUCGCCAGGCAACUCAACGACGCGCGCUGACGUGUCCCGGCCCCUGGUGCAGGACAGACCAACCCAGCUGUGUACGCCCGUGUGUGGCCGGGACCAGUCGCAGUCCGCCACCUCUCCCUCUUCAGCUUUUAGGAACAUAAAAUCAGUGGCCUUCACUGAUGCCAGUAAAUCCAGGGAGAGUGUCUGGUUGGACAACAGUCUGCCACGUGAGGCCCCUCUAUUUGGACUUAGUGCGAAUAUCAAAAACUGAUGCACAUGUUGACUUCUAGAUCGCUUCAAAUUAAUGGCAGACUUAAUGCAAAACAUUUAAUUUUCCAAAGUGCGUAUGCUUUUCCUCCUUCAAGCUUACAACUUUCCACAUGUUCUCCUCCGUGUGGACCUCCCCAUUAUCAGCCUCCCAUUCGCAGUAAUGACGUGGAACGCUGAUCACGUGAGAGAGCCAGCCUAGCCCAUGAGAACCUGACGUGCGCACGCCUUUAAAUGGUACAAGCACCUGAGAAACACUGGAUAUUUUAUUUAACUGUUGCAAUUAGCUGCAACUUCAUACUUUCUUGAAAUUUCCGGUCCGGCAAAAUGCAGUGCGAGUGAGGCUUUUGCUCCCACUGUGCGAAUGUGCUGAGAUUGGUCUGAAAUACUCUAUAUGAAUAUUAUGCUUAUUAUUUCGCUCACCACCUUGCUGUACUUUCAGUGUCCGGUUGGUGCACGCGCACAAUUUUACGGGAAAGGUUAUUUCUGUAAAUGAGGAAAGGUGACGGUUGUAAAUUAGCUGUGUGACAAAGAGCAAAGUUAACGUGACUUGAAGCCGAUGCACUUCAAAUUCCACGCGUGCCGUCGUUUUCCGCGACUUAUCGAAAUUCCCCACCCUCGAUAAAGGUUAAGGCCCUGCAGUUAGUUUGCAAGCGGCACACUAUCACAUCCACCCUGCAAACUGUAUGAACGUGAUGUUGCACAGCCAGUAAAUCAUGUCUCUGGGAUGAAAGCGCUUCAUCUCUGCAGUGCCUCAGCAGCUGCAGAAAAGGGAGAUUAAUACCACACGUGCCAAACCGAAUCAGGCUGGGUUUGGAUGAGGUUUCGUGGGUGCAGUGUGGAACGAUGGCAUGCUGGAAAAAAGCUCCAAACAAUCCAAAGGUUACUCACUCAGUUCUCCUAAACCAGUGUUUCUCAACCCUGGUCCUGGGGACCCACUGCCCGGCAUGUUUUAGAUGUUUCCCUGCUCCAACACACCUGAUUCAAACAAAUGGGUCGUUCUGCAGAGCUUGAUGACGACCCAUUCAUUUGAAUCAGGUGUGUUGGAGCAGGGAGACAUCUGAAACGUGCAGGGCAGUGGGUCCCCAGGACCAGGCUUGAGAAACACUGUACUAAACGUCUGUUUGUUCAGCCGUUUCCGUUAUUCAUGUAGCCGCGUGUUUUUAAAAGGUUUUAGCUAAUGGAUUUGAAUUUAAUAUCGAGCCUGAAAAUGUAAACAAAGUUCUACAGUGUAAACUGCAAUGGUAAAGGCUAAGAGUAUGCGGACAUCUGCUGAUGCUGCUGUAUGUGCCUUUAAUAUAUAUAAUCAUGCUGAUCGGCCUUACACCAGCGAUCAGUAUAUAAACACACUUAACAGCCUUACAUUAGUGUUUACAUGUAAAACCACUAUCAUUUAUACUUCAUCCUUGUGUGUCUCUGCAUGUAUUUUCUAAUAAAGGCAUUUCUUUCUUCCAUA